GCAUCCCCCAGACAGCUGAGUGCUCUGCUGGACAGUAGGAGACGAGUUCAGCCUGGCUGACGGAGAUCGAACAUGGGAGUAGAGAUCGAGACCAUCACCCCCGGCGACGGAAGGACUUUCCCGAAGAAAGGACAGACGUGUGUUGUGCAUUAUGUUGGUUCCCUCACAGAUGGACGUAAGUUCGACUCCUCUCGCGACAGGGACAAGCCUUUUAGGUUCAAGAUUGGCAAACAGGAAGUGAUCCGAGGCUGGGAAGAGGGUGUAGUGCAGAUGAGUGUUGGUCAGAGGGCCAAAUUGACCUGCACUCCGGAUUUUGCCUAUGGAAACAAGGGUCAUCCUGGGAUCAUCCCACCUAACGCAACUCUAAUAUUUGACGUUGAGCUGCUGAGCCUGGAAUGAAACAAAUCAACUGCCUGUAUCAUUAUGUAAGAAAUAAGAAUCAUGUUGUUGCCAUUUUAAGAUUACAGGCAUUCCUUUUCUCAACAUUUUUUUGUUUGUAGUAAAGCCAUUAGACCUAGAUUUUAAUAUUUGAAAACCGUGCAGGACAAAGAAGUGAUGCUUUAAGAUUAUUUAUUUUUUGUAAUUGCAUAACAUGAUGUAACCAUACAUAAGUAACUCAAGGUUACACAACUGUUGAAUGCCUAACUUAUAGAUCAUUUAUAUCAUGUGAAUGGGUAAAGUUUACAUGACUGCAGCUUUGAUAUGAUAAUAAUUGUGUCGCAAUAGAUUCUUAAAUAUAAAGGAUUACAUUUCUGAAGCAAGGCAUUGUCAUGAAUUAAUGAUCUUAUUUAUAUAUAUAUAUGAGUAAGUAUGAUAUAAUGAGUAAGUAUUAACAAAUCACAUGACUUGGAGCACCAACAGCACUCCUUCCCCAGAAUGAGAAUCCUCUGAUGAAGAAUAGUCCCUUUUUAGCUAUGACUCGCUCCCUAGUCAAUCAGCCUGUAACCCUCUUUGUAAUGGGUCUAUUUAUUUUAAGGGCAUUAUGUUGUAUUUUGUGGACUAGUUUCUACUUUGCCUACAAGUUUGCCCAAUUGUCCAUUUAAAAUAGAUUUCCUCUUUGAAACAAUAAAUAUUUUUUAUCUAAAUGUGUUAUGUGUCAAUAAGACUAACAAUUGAACAUUCGCAUGCAAAUUACAUAUUUGUGUUCAGUGGCAGAGUAAUAGUUGAUUAAAAAGAAAAACAUAUUGUAGAUGUGAGACUACAUACAUUUUACGUAUAAAUAUUCUUUAUCACGCCAGAAUAUCUAAUUUAUGGCUGACCUUUGCCUAACAGUUUUUUUUUUUUUAGCAGUUGACUUCCUAACUGGAUUAAUUAAGGAAGAGCUCAGAGUCUGCACUGAUUCUAUACAUUUAGUCGAUAGUUCAACUGUUCAAUAUUUUAUUAAUACAUUUUUCAUUCUUUUUCAUCCUAUCGCAUAAACUUAUGGAUCUUACCCUGACAGACCUUCAUGUUGUUAAUUUUAGGUAUUUGGUAACCUGAUUUUAUAUUUGUGCUAUAGUUGCUUUUGUAAAAUGUCUGUGUGGUUAUGAUGAGAGAAACUAAUGAAUUACUGGCAGCGACAUUCAUCAGAGGGUAAGUGGUAUCACAGAGGCCAGAUGCUCAUUAUAAUAACCAAAUGAAAAGAAAAUACACUAGAGAAUACGAAAAGCACAUAUUUUUACCAUAAAGCUGAAGAGCAGGUAAUUACAACUUGAAAUUAGUAAAUACUAGAGACGGGACAGUUCAACUAUGCCGUUUUCUUUUACAUUUCAAUAUUUAAAAUUACUAUAAGAAAGAAGGAAUUCCAUUAAGAACCAGUAAUAGUUCUAAAUAGGAAUGACUUGUGUUGCUGUGUUUAAAAAAUCAUUGCCAGGCAUAUGGUCAGUACUUCACAAGUGUUGCACGAUAUAGGCAAUGCCUAGUCUAGACAUGUUUAAAACUUUGCAUUUCACUUGCAUGGAUCCUAUUACCAUUUUAUCCAGUCAUCUCUUUUAGACCUUUUAGACCUAUUUAAAUCCAUACACUAGUAGUUGAGAACAGAAAGCUGUGACGCACAUAAAUUCAAGUUUUUUGUGCUUUUCUUUGAAAAGGGGAAUGCCCGAAAUACCGGGGGUGGGGGGGGGGGGGGAAUCCUUUUAAAGGUGACCUCCCUUUAAACUUGUUUUGUGCAUGUUUUUAAGAUGCCAACUUUAUAUCUCUGAGAAUUGAAAUGUGACUAACCUGUGAUAACUGUACAUUUUAUUUUUAUCAGUAUCAUACCACACUGCCUGAUUAAACCUUGUUUAAAUAGGAAUAUUCCUUAGGCAUAAUAAUGGUUUUAUAUGACAGAUUAAUAGCUAUAAAUUAAGACAACGGAUAUGCUGGCCUGACUGGAAAUACUGUACUUGGCUCCGGGUGUGUUCUGGAAUUAGAUUGGCAGCGGCAACUAUCCAUGCACUGUAGAAUGUCAUGUGCAAAUUAGUUACAUAGCCUACUGGAUGCAGGCUGAGCCAAUGAGACAUUUAAAAUGUGCUGUUGCAAUAAAAUGCUCUCCACCUGACUUGAAAAUGUUGGCUCGUUCUUCGUAUUCAU